AUGCUGUUUUUGCUGCUGCUGUCCUUGUUGCUCGCAUCGCCCGUGCUGUAUCUCAUUUUGAACUCUCUUGUUCCCAGGCUGCUGGGCCCACAGAAUCUGAAAGAGCGCUACAGCGCGAGCUGGUCACUCGUCACAGGUGGCUCCUCAGGAAUUGGCAAGGAGCUGGCGCGCAAAUUGUUGUCACAAGGGCUCAACGUGGUCAUCAUUGCACGUGAUGAGCCAAUCUUUGAGGAAGCCUUGAAGGAACUGAAAAAGGAGUUCCCCAAGCAGCAGAUCCGAAGUGUCAAGGCAAAUUUGUCAGACAGCUCCGGGAGCUGGAUGCAAGAUGUCAAGGCAGCAACGCAGGACAUCGAUGUGCAAGUGAUUUUCAACAACGCGGGCUUCAUCGUCACAGGCUUUUUCGAGCAGCACUCAGUGGAGACACACCUCGCCAACUUCCAUUGCAACCUAACUGCAAACAUCCACCUCACCCACUACCUCUACAGCCGAUUGAUCAGCAAGGGCCUCCAGGGGUGUAUUGUGUUCACCUCCUCCUCCGCUGGCUUCAUUCCAAACCCGUUUGCGGCGAUGUAUGGCUGCACCAAGUCUGGCUUGUCAGAGCUGGCAGCAAGCCUUGCUGUGGAGGGCAAAGCACGAGGCGUGGACGUGCACGCGGUCCAUCCAAGCCCAGUGAAUUCUCGAUUUACUGCUGGCGGUGGAAAUGAUGUGAAAGUUCACAAGAUGAACAUGUUCGACAUGGCAUACAAGAUGGCCACAGGCCCAGAGGAGCUGCCAAACCAGAUCUUCGCAGCUGUUGGAAGGUCACCAGUGAUGAUUGAUCUCGGCGGUACCUCUGUUGGUAUGCGGUUGGCGGUUCAUUUCCUGGGCUAUAACUUGAUGACUUAUGGCUUUGCCCUGGCUGCUCCGUUCCUGCCAGACUACAAGAACAACGUCAACAAGCAGAAAAGCUCCUGA